GAUACAUUUGUGUGUUUUUUUUUUCUUUCCUUCUAACACAACAACACUCAAUACGAGGUGGAGUGUCAAAGAGUACCAGCAAGGACAAGCACGAAAAAAUCCAAGAUGCAAUCGAGGGCUUUGGCAUCUGAAGAAGGAAAAUCAAAAGGGUUAUCACUAAGAUCACUGCGUUUACUUGUUGUUUUCCUUGCACUAUGUGUUGUGUUUUCUGUCAUAAGUGUAUACACAAUUAAGCAUUUUGGAAUUCAGAGUGUGGUUACUACAAUGAGUUCAAGUUUUCAACCAUGUAUUGAAGAACAAGCUGGUUUGGAACAAUGGAUUAAACCUCCUUCAAAUCUGAUCCAUAAUAUGAGUGACAAAGAACUUCUUUGGAGAGCUUCUUUGGUUCCUAAGAUUAAGAAUUACCCUUUUGAAAGAGUUCCUAAGAUUGCUUUUAUGUUUCUUACUAAAGGACCAUUGCCUCUUGCACCAGUUUGGGAGAGGUUUUUGAAAGGGCAUGAGAGUCGUUAUAGUGUGUAUGUUCAUCCAACUCCUUCAUAUCAAGCUCAUUUUCCUCCUUCAUCUGUUUUUUAUAAGAGGCAAAUCCCUAGUCAGAUUGCUGAGUGGGGAAGGAUGAGCAUGUGUGACGCCGAAAGAAGACUACUUGCUAAUGCAUUACUUGACAUCUCCAAUGAGCGGUUUAUUCUAUUGUCCGAAUCAUGCAUCCCUCUCUACAAAUUCAGUCUAGUCUACAACUAUUUAAUGAAAUCCAAAUUCAGCUUCGUCGGUGCAUUUGAUGAUCCUGGUCCAUACGGAAGAGGACGCUACAACCCAAACAUGGCCCCUCUAGUCGACGUUGCAAAAUGGCGUAAAGGCUCUCAAUGGUUCGAAGUAAGUCGUAAGCUUGCCAUCAACAUUGUGGAAGACACCGCAUUUUAUCCUAAGUUCGAACAAUACUGUAGACCGGCUUGUUACGUCGACGAGCACUAUUUUCCAACCAUGUUAACCAUUCAAGCGGGGAGUGCGUUGGCAAAUCGGAGCGUAACUUGGGUGGAUUGGUCUAGAGGUGGAGCCCACCCAGCUACAUUUGGAAGAACAGAUAUUACAAAUGAAUUUUUUGAUAGAGUUCGUGGAGGUCAAAAAUGCCUGUAUAACAAUAGAAACUCUACGCUUUGUUCUCUUUUUGCAAGAAAAUUUGCUCCUAGUGCUUUGGAACCUUUGUUAGAUAUGGUGAAUUCAAAAGUCUUAGACUUCUGAUAUAUUUAUAUUUUCUAUUGAUUACUGCAUAUGAAAAUAUAAAUGUAGAACAAAAGUCUUUAGAAAAACUAGAAAUUUUAUUAUAUGGCAUGGCAUGGUGAUUGCCUCAUUGGAUGGUGAAUGCUAGAUGAUGGUAGUGAUGACCUCAAUUUUCACAACUUUUGAGUCAUUUUUGAAUGUACAGAUGAGCUUAUUGGAUCAUACAUUUGUUUCAUAUUAAUUGUUUGGAUCUUUAUUUUUUUUAA